GGAAAAUAACACUAGACUUCAGGUGCGUCACUCAUAUCCCCCCCAGCCUGCUCCCGCAGCCGGUUUGAGCUGUCACUGAUCCAGAUCUACGUUUUGGGCGAUGUGGUUUGAGAAACAAUAAGUUAUGAGUGGAAGGAGGAGAGGAAAACCCAAUCGGGGUGGAGGACGGUUUAAUAAGCCCAGAGGAGGAGGAGGAGGAGGUGGAGGAGGGGGUGGUGGAGGGAGGAAAGGAGCCAGUGGUUGGGAUGAUGGAGAUGAUUUCAGCCUGGACCUUGGACCAAGUCGCUCCUGCAAACCUCCACCAAGCAGAGGCAGAGGAAGGGGUGCUUUUCAAGGGACAAGCCAUGGCAGCAGUAGGGGCAGGGGACGAGGCAGUGGUCAGAGUUUUCCCAAGUUUUCUUAUGAUGGGAGAGGUGGCCCCAGACAAGGCGAGGAACGGCGAGAUAGGGUUAGAUCAGAGCAGGUUCAUCUGCCCCUACAGAAGAUCCACAUGACAUCAGAAAACCAGCUGCAAGUUAAAGAACUGCUGAGAGAACUUCAGAGUCAGGAAUACAACACACCAAACAGCGGCUCAGACUAUGAGGCAGAGGAAGAGGAGGAAGAGUAUGAUGAGCUGGACUACCGUGAAGAUGGUCAGUUCUGGAGCACUCAUGAUGAUGGAGUAGAGUGUGCAGAGGAUGGCACCUAUGAGGAAGAUUAUAAGGAAGAGACACGAGCCAAACCGGAGCCGGUUGUUUCCCUGUUUGCUUUAGGCACUCUCUGCAGGUAUGGCUUUGAUCGUGACCGAAGUAGGCAAGCCCUGGAAGCAGGGCAAGGCAGCUCAGGGCAGAGCAGUGGGCGAGGUGAAGUUGGAGCAACAUUAGAGUUCCUCCUCUCUCAGAUGUUUGCUGAGAGGUUUGGUUCCACAGCCCUCGGCCCUCAGGUGCCUGACCCUCCCUCACAGGAGGAAUGUGUGGCCCUUCGCCAGGAGGAGGCCCUCGCUUUAACUGCCAUAUAUGGGGAACGCUUCUGUGAACGAAUCAGUGAUCAUGUCUGGACUGUCAAUCUGGAUCUUCUGUGGUUGACUGAGGGCCAUAGCAGGUCUUCAGACUCAACCACUGGUAGACAUCAAACAGGGUCUUCAUCCACUCAGUUGUGCAAGUUCUUCCUAAAAGGAGGAUGUAAGUUCGGAAACCGCUGCAAGUUCAAACACCAAAGCCAAACAGAGUCCAGUGGCCAUAGAGACCCAUAUGGACCCAGCCAACCUGGGUUUAGUAGUACUGAACCCCCUGUUUACCAACUGGAAGUCCGAUUUCCGACAGGAAGUCGUUACCCCUUCCAGCCACCAUUAGCUGCCUUCAGUACGACUGAUGAUGCAAUCUCUGGAGCAGGACGCCUUAAUGUGACAGAAUAUCUUUUCAGCCAGUCACUUACAGCUGCGCAAGAGGGUGAGCCAGUGGUCUACACCCUCAUCUCCUGCCUUGAAGAAGAUGGGCCAGUCAGAGAGCUUCUUUCAGCUUCUCAUCACAAAUAUAGUGCCCCACCCCCUGUGAUAGCUCCACCUGCUGUCACCACAAGGAGCCGGGGCCCUAAGAGCAACACAGACAACAGCAUGCCGACCAGCACUUCAGCUACAUCCAGAACAACUGACAUCCCAACCUCAGAGAUCACCCCCCUUAGAGUCAGACGCACAGAAGCAGAGUGUCUCAACAAAGAGGAUGUAGAAGAUGAAGAUGAGGAAUAUGAUGAAGACAGUGAAGAAUGUGUUCCUGUGGAGAAUGAGAGCUAUGUGAACUUAAGGAAGAAGAUGGGGAAGAAGGCUGAGACUAGAGCUGAAGACAUUCUGAAGGAGAACAAGAAACUUUGCAGAGAGUUCACAAGAAAAUCGUCUUCCAGGCGCUAUGGCUCCAUGCAGCAGCAGAGGUGCAAGCUGCCUGUGUGGGAGGAGAAGGAGAACAUUCUGGACUCUCUGGAUAAGAAUCAGGUUCUCGUGAUCAGUGGGAUGACUGGGUGUGGUAAGACCACACAGAUCCCCCAGUUUAUCUUGGAUGAUUCACUGAGCAGGCGACCAGAGGCUGUAGCCAACAUCAUAUGUACUCAGCCACGGCGCAUCUCUGCCAUUGCUGUGGCAACCAGGGUUUCGCAGGAGCGGGCAGAGGCUCUGGGCCACUCCACGGGGUACCAGAUACGCUUGGAGACCAUCAGGUCCUCUAGUACUAGGCUGUUGUUCUGCACCACCGGUGUUCUGUUACGGAGAUUAGAGGGAGAUGCUGAGCUCAGUGGGGUCACCCAUGUUAUUGUGGAUGAGGUCCAUGAGCGCACGGAAGAGAGUGACUUCUUGUUGCUGGUUCUGAAGGAUCUGAUGGUGCAGAGGUCAGAUCUGAAAAUCAUCCUGAUGAGUGCUACUCUCAACGCUGAUCUUUUCUCACAAUAUUUCCACAAUUGCCCCACUAUCCACAUACCAGGUAAAGUCUUUCCCGUGGAGCAGUUUUUCCUUGAAGAUGCCAUUGCUAAGACUAGGUAUGUGAUAGAGGAUGGCAGCCCAUAUCGGCGUUCAGCAAAACAAAACGGCCCGUCCAAUCAAGGGGGCAAGGCUGGGAGAGGACGGCCUGUUGUUGAGGACAUGGAUGACGAUGGUGGUUGGUCAUUCGGCUCCUUCAUGAAGAAAGAUGCGGUGAAAGACUCCAUACCUGACCAGCAGCUCAGUCAGCAGGAGCUCACACUGCGAUAUCCAAAUUACUCAAAGACUGUGGUGAAAACCCUGGCUGCAAUGGACCUGGAUAAAAUCAACAUGGAUCUCCUGGAAAGUGUCCUUGAGUGGAUUGUAGAUGGAGACCACAACUUCCCUCCAGGUGCUGUUCUGGUCUUCCUACCUGGGUUAGCUGAGAUAAAGCAACUGUAUGAGCAGCUGCAGUCCAACAGAAUGUUCAACAAUAGAACAGCUAAGAGGUGUGUGGUGUAUCCACUCCACUCCUCGCUGUCCAAUGAGGAGCAGCAGGCAGUGUUUACACGUCCACCAGAGGGCAUCACCAAAAUCAUCAUCUCCACUAACAUUGCAGAGACAUCAGUAACCAUCGAUGACGUAGUUUAUGUCAUUGACUCUGGCAGAAUGAAAGAGAAAAGGUAUGAUGCCAGCCGCAGUAUGGAGAGUUUGGAAGACGUGUGGGUGUCUCGCGCUAACGCUCUGCAGAGGAAAGGGCGAGCAGGCCGCGUGGCAUCUGGAGUCUGUUUCCAUCUAUUCACCAGCCACCGCUUCAUCCACCAUCUCAGCCAGCAGCAACUCCCUGAGAUUCAGAGAGUGCCUCUGGAGCAGCUGUGCCUCAGGAUAAAAGUGUUGGAGAUGUUCUCCGAGCGUCCCCUGGACUCUGUGUUCUCUCGUCUCAUAGAGCCUCCAGCAGGGGGCAGUCUGGAGGCUGCCAAGCAGAGGCUGUGUGCUCUCGGGGCUCUGACGGAAGCCGAAUGUCUGACUCCACUAGGCUGGCAUCUGGCCUGUCUCCCUGUGGACGUUCGCAUUGGAAAGCUGAUGCUGCUGGGAGCCAUUUUCCGCUGCUUGGACCCAGCACUCACAAUCGCUGCCAGCCUGGCCUUCAAGAGCCCUUUCGUCUCUCCAUGGGAUAAACGAGAGGAGGCUAAUGAGAGGAAAUUAAGUUUUUCUCUUGCCAACAGUGACCAUCUCGCUCUACUGCAGGCAUACAAGGGCUGGUGUAGUGCAGAACAGAAUGGCUCCAAGGCUGGCUAUCGGUACUGCAGAGAGAACUUUCUGUCUAUACGAGGCCUACAGGAGAUAGCAUGUCUCAAAAGACAGUUUGCAGAGCUCCUGUCUGAUAUUGGCUUUGUAAAGGAUGGGUUGAAGGCCAGAGACAUAGAGAGAAAGAGCUCCAAAGGAACUGAUGGAGUGUUGGAAGUCACAGGCUAUGAGGCAAACCUGAAUGCUGAUAACACAAAGCUGAUGUCAGCCAUGCUGUGUGCUGCCCUCUAUCCCAAUGUAGUCCAGGUCAGUCUCCACAAGGGAAAGUUUAAGCAGACGAGCAAAGGGGCGGUUAAGAUGCAGCCUAAAGCAGAGGAGCUUCGCUUUGUGACUAAAAAUGAUGGAGCAGUUCAUAUACACCCCUCAUCUGUCAACUUUACGGUGCGUCACUAUGACAGUCCGUACCUGGUCUAUCAUGAGAAGGUGAAGACCAGCAGGGUGUUUAUCCGCGAUUGCAGUAUGGUAUGCGUGUAUCCUAUGGUGCUGUUUGGUGGGGGGCAGGUGAACGUGGAGCUGCAGCGUGGGGAGUUCAUCAUCUCUCUGGAUGACGGCUGGAUUCGAUUCGCCGCCGCCUCACAUCAGGUGGCUGAGCUAGUGAAGGAGCUGCGUUGGGAACUGGAUCAGCUUCUAGAGGAGAAGAUCAAAAACCCCAGCAUGGACCUGAUCACCUGCCCACGAGGCUCCCGCAUCAUCCAAACCAUUGUGUCUCUUAUCUCAACCCAGUGAGAUACACACACUCAUCAUACUCACUUAAAAUGUCACUUCUCUCAUUCACACCUGCUGCAUGCAUAAUCAUAUAUCCUCAGUCAUAUCCAACACAUCCAGCCUUUUCUACAACGCAACGGUUUCAAGACAUAACAUGAAUUGUGUCACUAUGCAAACACCGCUCUCACACUCAGAUAUUUGAAUGAUUUCAUAAUACUUGAAUAAGAUAAACCACAGAGCAAUUCAGAUCAGUCUUCUUAGUUAGUAAUAGGAUUUAUUUGAAUUGUCUUUGUGAUGUCACGUUUGUUUCUUCCACAGAAGAAAGAAUAGAAAAUACAGUUUCACCACUUGAGUGAUUUACAUUUAUACUGUAAAUUGGGACUGAGUCCAUAUUGGAUUCUGUGAGGGAGAAACAGUUUGCCUUAUUUUGUUCUGCAGUGUUACAUUGAGGAGCACUUACAAGUGAAAGCAUGUGCAUGACAUAUCGAGUGUAAAGCAUGAAGAAUGUUUUAUUUUUUUCAUUUGUUUGUUUAACGACUGACUAUUUAUGUGAAGAAUGAAUGAUCGUCAUAAACGCAAAUGAUAUGAACUCAUGUAUAUUUUGCCAAAGGACAUUUGGAAUGUCUUGAUGGGAGCUGCAUAACAAGAAUAAAACACAAGCCCAAGAAUGGUUUGUUAUACAAAUGUAACUUCUGAUCGAUUUUAUUUGAUGAAAGCAGAAAAGUGACAGUAUACAUGUUGAUUGACUAAUUUCCCUUAGAGCAAAAUCAACAGUUUGUUAAUUAUGAGUUGAGUUAACAAGGCAUGUGGCUGCUUUGGAA